AGGCGGUCAGGCCGCUUUGUUCCUUAGCCUUUCCGCUAUAAAAACACCAUUAUCUCCCUGAUCUUAAUGAUUUACUCCUUUCUUGUUCCUCCAUAAUUCCCCUCCUUAACCUCGUCUUCUCACUCUUCUUCUUCACUUCUCCACUUCCUCUGCUUCCCAUUUUUAAAACCCACACCUCACAUGUCCUAUAUAUAGUAGUGAUAACUAUAGUUUUAAGUAAGCUUCCAUGGAUGAUUCCAUCGGUGACAGGAGGUGGAGACCUGAGUCCGUACCCGUCCUUGGGUUCCAACCUCCUGAGACCCCACGAGAGCCCAUGGAGUUUCUCUCACGAUCAUGGAGUGUUUCAGCUCUAGAAGUGUCCAAAGCUCUUUCCCCUCCUUCAAUGCUCUCCAAGACUACCAGCGGUGGAGGUCCCAUUCCUGAAGAUAUCGCUGGUGAGGCUGAAGAGGCUGCUUCUGUUGCCGGGAACCCUUUUUCUUUUGCUUCUUCUGCAACUUCCCAGCUCGUCAUGGAGAGGAUAAUGUCUCAGUGUCAAUCUCAGUCGCAGGAAGUGUCGCCGCUUACAUCGGGGAGGCUCUCGCACAGUAGCGGACCUUUGAACGGCUCGCUUACGGAUAGCCCACCAGUCUCUCCAUCUGAUAUCGACGACGUUAAGUUCCUUCGAUUGAACAACACUGUAAACACGCAGUACAGAGGAGGUGGUGGUGGGGGCGGCGGAGGUGGUGGCGGUGGCGGAGGUAAGACCGUUGGGAGGUGGUUAAAGGACAGGAGGGAGAAGAAGAAAGAAGAAACUCGAGCACAAAAUGCACAGCUCCAUGCUGCAGUUUCAGUUGCCGGAGUUGCUUCUGCCGUGGCUGCGAUUGCUGCAGCUACGGCUGCCUCUUCAAGUUCAUGUAAGGACGAGCAAAUGGCGAAGACAGACAUGGCAGUAGCAUCUGCUGCCACAUUAGUGGCUGCACAAUGCGUGGAGGCUGCAGAGGCAAUGGGGGCAGAGCGUGAACACCUCGCAUCUGUCAUUAGCUCCGCCGUUAAUGUACGAUCGCCUGGGGACAUAAUGACUUUAACUGCCGCAGCUGCAACUGCUCUACGUGGGGCUGCGACAUUGAAGGCCAGGGCUCUGAAGGAAGUAUGGAACAUAGCUGCUGUGAUACCGGUCGAGAGAGGGAUGGGUAUGGGUGGUAACUAUAAUAACUGUCUUCCCAACGGUAAUUACAGUGGAGAGCUUGUACCUGAAGAUAACUUCCUAGGCAUCUGCAGUCGAGAGUUCCUCGCCAAAGGCUGUGAACUCCUUAAGCGAACCCGUAAAGGUGAUCUUCACUGGAAAAUCGUCUCUGUUUACAUCAAUCGGAUGGGUCAGGUGAUGGUGAAGAUGAAGAGCAGACAUGUGGCUGGGACCAUUACAAAAAAGAAAAAGAAUGUGGUCAUAGAGGUAUGCAAAGAUAUUCCUUCAUGGCCAGGGAGGCACUUGUUGCAGGGUGGUGAAGAGCGCCGUUACUUUGGGCUAAGAACAGAGAUGCGUGGGGUAAUUGAGUUUGAGUGCAGGAAUCAACGCGAGUACGAUGUUUGGACCCAAGGCGUCUCGAGGCUCCUGUCCAUUGUUGCUGAACGGAAUUGCAGACAUAAGAACUGAGAUGCAAAAUUGAACUUAAGAUGAGGAAGGAAAGAAUGAUUUUUGAGUAAUUAGUGGAGGGCCCUAAUUCUUAGUUGUUAUCACUGUUGUACAGAUUAAAAGUGAAAGUAGGAGAGAUUUAAAGGAUAUGGGCUCCCUUUUUUUACUUGCAGGGAAUAUUUUGGGUCCCUUCUGUUUCUGGGCUAAGGCAGAGGAGUAGCCUGAAUGAAGAGAAUGAAGUCAUGUGUUUCAGCUCAGAACUUGCUGCAAAGGGAAAAGAAUCUUGGACUCUAGUACAGUCAAAAAGAGGGAGAACCGUUUUGGGUUAGAAAGGGGUGUUUGGUUAUUGGAUUGUUGUCUUUAGUUUCUUACUUGCUCUUAUGUAUUGUAUAUCCAUGUGACAUUUGCUUUCUCCUUCCCUUUUGGUUUGUUUUUUAAUGGUUUUCAGUGAAGUGGAAGAACUGUUUUCGAAUAGUCUAAAUUUUAAAAAGAAAGCAAUACUAUUGAAACGUUUGGUAA